AUGAACGCCAUGGACACUGAUGAGCAGUCCGUCGUGCUCCCCUCGUCGACCGUCUCUGGCCUGACGCUGUCCCUACAUCCCCUUCCCAUCCUCAAUGUCUCCGAGCAUCUUACGCGCCUCAAACUGCAGACGAUGACCAACAAUCCCUUUGUUCUGGGCGCGCUGUUGGGCACGCAGAACGGCCGCGAAGUGGAGAUCGUGAACACGUUCGAGCUAGCGCUCGAGGGCGAUGGCGUCGAUCACGGCUUCCUUGUGUCAAGACGAGAGCAAUACAAGCAGGUCUUCCCCUCCCUCGAGUUCAUCGGCUGGUACACCGUCGCCGCCACGCCCACCGCGCGGCACAUCACGCUGCACGAGCAGUUCACCGCCUACUGUUCGACGCCACUACUCCUCAUACUGCAGCCAGCAGGCACCGUGGUCGUGUCCACAGAUGUGAACGCACAGACACUACCGAUCAAAGUGUACGAGCCCACGAUGGACUUUCAUGGUGGGAAAGCGCGCGCUGUGUACAUUGAGGUCCCAUACAACGUCGAAACGGGCGAGGCCGAGCGCAUCGCCGUCGACUGGACGGCGCGGGGUGGCGGAAGCGGGACAAGUCUGGAGUCACACCUGCAGACGCAGCGCGCGGCGGUCAAGAUGUUGCAUGACCGAAUCGAGCUGCUUGUCAAGUAUGUGGCGGAUGUCAUCGCAGGCACGGCCAAGAAGGAUCCCGCAACCCUACGCGCACUUGCCGCUCUCGUGGCGUCAUUACCAGCAACAGAGAACCCCGAUUUCAGGGAAGAGUUCGACACGGAAUACGAGGACGUGCAGCUAACAGCAUACCUCUCAUCCUUGACGAAGUCGACCAACAUCCUGAACGACCUCGUCGACAAGCACGUCCUACUCACCGCUAGCAACAGAGACGAGCGCGGACCUCCGGCUGGUCGGCGUCGCAUGGGAAGGCAAGGGGGCGCACUAGCGGAUUGGGACCGAAUGCACUGA